AUGUCAUCAUGCAGCUCAGGGGUGGCCUCAGGGCUCGAUUCCCGGCCCAGAUGCAACACUCCAGGGCCGGUGCAAGGAAAUUCCUUCCUGGCACAGCACCUCUUCCCCCCGCGGAGCCGCUCACUCGCCCUGCUCAGCCAGGAGGACGCCUUGGAGAGCUUCGACGGAAGGGUCCGUGACCCGAGUGAUGCUUUGGGCUCUGAUCUGCUGGACCGCAGCUGCUCCCUCCCUGACCCACAGCUGGUCCGCAGGAUCGUGUCUCAGGUGGAAUUCUACCUGUCCGAUGAGAACCUGGCCAGGGACGCUUUCCUCCUGAAACACGUCCAGAAGAACAAGAUGGGCUUUGUCAGCAUCAAACUAUUGACAUCCUUCAAGAAGGUGAAGUACCUGACACGUGACUGGCAGCUCACGCUCUAUGCCCUGAAAUUCUCGGAGCUGCUGGAGGUGAACAAGGAGGGCACCAAAGUGAGGCGCCGGGUGCCCAUCCCUGAGGCCCUGCUGAGCAUCCCCCCCAGCAAACUGCUGCUGGCCUGGGAGCUGCAGCCCCGGGAGCAGGACCCACUGCUGCUGCCACUGCUCCAGGAGAACUUCCUGGAGAUCAUCCUGAGGAUGUUCAGCCCCUUCGGAGCCAUUGCGUCCAUCCGCGUCCUGCGGCCAGGCCGAAAGCUGCCCUCGGACGUGAGGAGAUACUCAGCCAAGUUCCCCGAGCUGCUGAGCAGAUGCUGUGCCCUGGUGGAGUACGAGAGCCUGGACAGCGCCUGUAGGGCCUUCGAGGACCUCGGGCACCGUGACAGUGACAGUGGCAUCAAGGUGGUCCGGCUGUGCGGGAAGGGGAACAGGAGGAAACCUGGGGAAGAGAGGCAGGUGGUGGAGGAGCUGGUGGAUCAGCCAGGCUGGAAGGUGCAGGGAGCUGCCCUGAGCCUCCCCUACAGCCACGAGGACUCCCUGCUCUGCAGCUCUCCAGGGUCAGAUGAUGCCUCGGGGCCGCUGUCCCUUCUUCUGAACGAGGACCCCGUGGCACCUGCCUGGCCUGGCAGCAACUUCAAGCCUGGGAAUUUCAGCGCCUUCACCGGAUCACUCCUCACCAGCAGCAAGGUUUUCCCUCCUCUUGGGCUGGGCUUGGGAACCAGCAGCUGCUACAGCCCCCGCGGCAGCACCAAGAGCCCCUGCAGUGGCUGGGGGGGCACCACAGGUGCCUGGGGACCCUGGAGCAGAAGCCCCUCUCCUGAUAUUGAACCUCCUCCAGGAAAUCCCCUGACACCAAAGUGGGUGUCUAAGCCCCUCAGCCUGUGGGAUGGGGUCCUUCACCUGCCCCACAGCCCCGAUGACACGAAAGGCUUUGGCAGCAGCUUUGGGAGCGGAGAGCUUGUCCUCCGGCGCUGA